ACAGUCGAGCUGCAGCAUAAUGCGCUCGAAUUUCCAGUUUGUUUUUGUACAUCAGUUCGAGAGACAUCUAUCAAGUGGACGAGGCUGGUUGAUAAUGCGUGGAAAACUAAAAAAUCCUGUUGUAUUACAUCCUAUUAUUCGUGCCCGCGUAAUCUAAUGAUAAGCGUUUUGACAACGUUGAUAACGGUGUCGAUUCGUUUCGACCGAUCCUGUAGCUUGUUUUUAUUUGUGUACGCACUAUGGUAGCUUGUACUCGAGCCACGACGUGGAACACGUAUUUUAGCUCCAUGGUUCGUGCAACGUGACUUAAUAGCCUCUAACACGAACUGUCAAAAUGGGAAGGAGACUAUAUUUGUUAUCCUUCACUAAGACCUGCCAGCCUCAUUUCCACAAGAUAUCCACCACCUGUGCACAAGAACUAAAUAAUUUUUAAUCAACGUAACUGAAAUUGCAAGAAGCACUAUCAUUGAUUGUGGGCAACGAAACUAAAGAGAGAAAUUACAAGUAAUAAAGAGAAACAAACAAACAUUUAUCAAGCUAGUAAAUGUCAAGGUGGUGGAUUCAGUAAAAUUGAAACAUUAAAGGACAAUAAUAUAAUACCGUAACUCUAUUGUAAAUAGGAGAGAAGAUGAUCACCCUGAAGGUAGCGGAGUUCGUGAAAGUUCCUGGGUCUAGGAGGAGCUUUAUCAAAAGGAAAUGAGGAAUCCGGCGUUGCAUCUGGUCGGGAUAGCGACGUCUCCUGGAGGAGGUGAAGUGUUUGGUGCAAGGGCCGAGGAGGAGUUGCGCCAGUGGCUGGAGGCACGCUUGGACGCACUGGGAAUCGACCCCGUUGCGUACUCGCGAUUUGUGCUCAGCCUAUUGCGCUGCCCCGACUCGGCCCUAAGUCCUCCAGAAGAAGCAGUAGGUACAGGUAGAAACGGAGGACGCCGAAUUCGGGUCCGACCUAAAGCAAAACUGCCCACUCAAGGAAACAGAGAACAAAGACGUGCUGUUGUACAAUGUUUAACAAGUGCUGCUGAUAAUAAAUGUGGAGUGGAAACGCUGGUCGACGAACUAUGUAUGAAACUUCGAGACCUAGAAGGUGGCGGUACAGAUGAAAAGAAAGAAGAGUUUAACAAGUCCGAUGGUGAAAACAAACCAAAUUUAGAAUCGCUGACACCACGCGACAGAGCUCUCAGAUAUUACGCGGCAUUUCCUGCUUUGCAACCUACAACUCUUAAGAAGUUUUCUCAAAGGAAAGAUAGGAACUUUGGAAAUAACAAUAACAUCAACAUAAACAACAACAAUAACAACAACAACAACAACAACAAAAUCAACGGAGUCAACUAUAAUAAUAAUAAAAACAAUAAUAAAACCCGCAAUAAGAAAACUAAAAUGCCCAUUAGUAUCGACUCGCGAAGAACGGAGGAAAAACAGAACUUCGGAUUUUCCAAGUCGAUGGAACGUGAACGGGAAAAAGAAUUAGAGUUGGAAUUGGAUAAGCUCCGACUGGCACAGUUGCAAGCAAAGUUCGACGAGAGCUUAGAGGCACUUUGGGAUUCAGGACCAGGCAAUGCACAGGACACGGCUUCGAUUUGGGCAGCACCUACUCUCUCUAUUCCUUCAGGACCCCUUUGGCCGACAGACACUACCGAGACAAUCUUUGCUUUAUCCACCUCGGACAAUGGCUAUGCUACUGACACGCCGUAUCCGGAAUCUAUUGUUGACGACUCGCCGCUCAUUCCAUGGGACAUCGAUUUAAUCAGCAUUGAAGAUUAUGCGGAUGAAUGUAGUAACAAAAAUAAAUCAGAGAACAAUGUUAACUGGUCUGACUCAGCUAUGGACGGUUCAUGGUGCUGGAAAGGGCUUGGCAGCAACUUAGCUGCCCUGGGCCACAGUCCUCAGACAGGUAGCUGCUUCUUUCCAGUCGCACCGCGUAAAACUCCCAUUGGAACACGCAAAGAAUCUCGUUCAAAUCUGAAGGUAAACAGCCUUCCAGAACCGGACGAGGAUUUGCUUACUUCCGCUCGCACACACUUUCGUCCAAUAAAGGAUGACGGUCAGUGGGCCGAUGGGACGACAUUUCCUGUGAACAAUACGUUAGAGCGGGUCGCGUAUCGCAGAUCUGAGUCAGGACACUUGUUAUACCUUCCUGGUGGAGAGAGUCCUUACAUGGAGUAUCGAGAGAACGACUCACCGCUUCCUCCAGUAUCGUCGAAUUUAACGUUGAAAUUCAGGGUGCGUCAAUGUGACAAGUGCGUUCAAACCGAGCCCAUUCGAUCUCCGGUCAAACGCAGAAUUCUCUCCGAACAGGAUCAUUUUCAUUAUACUCCAGUCGGAGUGGAAGAUACUGUUAUUCGUGAAGAGGAGAAAAUCGGAAAAGAUUGCUAUGCAUUGGGUCAACUGGGCUGGGUACGAUCCAAUGUACCUCUGCACAAUGAUAGGAAAAGAAGGCACAGUAGCAGCUUCGGAUGCCAGCCUCUGACGACUUUACGUCCGUUGACCUUAUGAACUGGAUUAAAAAAUAUGAGCUGCUCUAAAAACCAAAAAACAAAAAAAA